GUUCACUCGACAGCCGCAUGAAGCAACACCAUCUGAAUCCACCGCUGUUAUAGUAGCAUCUCGUUCCUCAUUCCAUCACUAUCCGUUUUCGGAAUAUUGCGUAAAGGUGCAUUCAUGAAUCUAUACUGAUGGAACGCCUUAUGAAACAACUUACACUAGAGAGGGAAAAUGAAAGUAUCCUUCAAAGGUAUUCCUCAAACCAGGUUCAAGAUCUCAGGGAAGCAUUUCGGCUGUUUGAUAAAGAUGGCGACGGAUCGAUCACAACCGACGAGUUGGGUACGGUGAUGAGGAAUCUUGGUCAAUAUCCAAACACGGAUGAACUGAACAUGAUGCUGAAAGAAAUCGACAUCGAUGGUGAUGGGACGUUCAGCUUCGAAGAGUUCGUACAAGUGAUGGCCAACAUGGGUGGCAUCAGUGAACAGUCAGAGGAGGACGAGGAGGAGGAACUGCGCCAGGCAUUCAGGGUAUUCGACAAGACGGGUUGUGGAUACAUCAGUGCUUCCGACCUCCGGGCGGUUCUGCAAUGUAUGGGGGAGGAUCUCACUGAGGAGGAAAUUGAUGAGAUGAUAGCUGAGGUUGACAUUGACGGAGACGGAAGGAUAGAUUUUGAAGAGUUUAUCGCUUGCAUGUGUGAAGAUGGAGAAGAUGGCAAGAAAGGACAAAAUACUGCUGAAGAAACAAGUACAAAAUCAUCGGGGAAAUAAAACGUGAACACGUGUAAUACAUAUAUCAAUCAAUGUGUUUAUACUACACUAUAUAUCUAAACUAUAUCUUAAUGUCGACAAAUGCGGUUGAACCUUGUUAAUCCGGGAAAAUAAAAACAUAAAAAGAUAUCCAAUUCCUUUGGAAAUCCGAUGGUGUUAUGAGUAUCUAAAGAAAUCACUUGUAUUAUCAAGAUUUUCAUUCGGCUUUAUUUUUUAUUACUUUGAUGAUAUGUUUGAUGAUUUUCUUCCUAGAGUUUCCACUUCCGGCCCCUAUUAUCACUGAGGGAUUUAAGUGGGAAGGAGAAGCUUACUUUAUGACGCAUAUGGCCUCCUAUUCAUACUUCGACAUUUACUGAAUCCAUAACUAGAUUAAUAUUUAAAGGUGCUUUUCACAUGUGUUUUUUAUACAAGUAUGUUAAUCAAAUCCGAGAAUAAGUACAGGAGAAUGACUUAAUAAAAACAUAUAUACGCAAAAAGGAAAAAAAACGAAGCACGAUUUUAAAAAGGGGAUGAUACAGGGUAUGUAAUCCAUAUUAGCGAGGUUCUAAACCAAGUUACUCUUCAUGUACUGUUCCAGAAGUUGGCAUCAUUUAACAUAUUACGACACACACACACCAGCCGCAGUGUGGUAUCGUUAUUGUACAUAGCCUAUUACAGAUUGUUACACAUUUCCCUUUCUAUUAGCCUAUAGGUAAUACGCUAUAUUAUUGAAUGUAAUAUAAUUCUGAAAGUCUGUUCUUGUUGGAGUGUAUACGGAGCUCUUUUAUGUGGAUCAGAGAGUUUAUCGAUAUCAAACGAAUAUGGUUUUGAAACAUAUUUAUGCACGAAAAUGGUACAUAUACUCCAUAAUUUGUUCAAUAUAGUAUACGGGGACAAUUAUAGCAUUUCCUUUGAUUUCAUUCCAUUACGGCAAUACUGUGUUUAGCUUCAGUUUGUGAUUAGCUUUUGUUUAUUGUUAUUUUUGUUAUAAAUAUGUUUCUAAUGUUUUUGUAUGUUGUACCUGUUGCGAUUGUGAGUCAGAUGUCAGUUUUAUUGGCUGUUAUUAACUUACGCUAACUGAUUCUCCGGUAUGAUUAAUCCGAGAAAACACUCAAACGUGAUCUAUGAAAAUGAAAUUGUCUCUUAUAAAGCAUAAUAUAGUAACCCUAAGAGAGAUUAUUACUGGACUACAUCUUCUACCCCGGAAGCAGAGUAGACUACAUAUUGUGCACUCAUCGGCAAAAAUAUAUUUGAUUUAAUGUUUGUCAGGUUUGGAAUUCAUUUCAGACUUUCUUCACAAUUUAAGAAGAAAAUUAAUAUGUCGCUAAAUUAAAUGACUUACGCGUGCACAUUAUCUUUUAGAAUAUAAGUAUGUUAAAUUCAUUAUAAUUUCUGGGAAUUAAUGUAAUAUAUCCGCGGAGCUCAUUUGUACAGGUGUGAUCAGCCUAUUGAUCGAGUAGAUCACCCGGUAUAUAUACAAAGAGUUUCUUUCUUGUCUUGCAAUGAAUGCUUAAUAUUGAAUGCAUAUAUGAUUUCAUUAUUGGCUUUAAAAUUCAAACGGAAGUUUUGUUUAAAUUAGCAUUAAGCUGACAAUGUCUUGAACAACCGCCUGCAUUUCUCAUGUUAUUAAAAUACAUACUGGGUA